UUUAACAGUUUGAAACAUCACCAAACUCAAAGAAGUGACAAAAUGUAAAUGUUUUCUUCAUGUUAUCUGACWGAUGGUGASAAAUGUUUUUGUUUUUUGUCAUCAKAACACAGUGUCAUUUUCUGUCCUGAAGGCUGCAUGAUGCUCUGUCCCGUUAGGUUAUGAGUAGACUGUAGACAGACACGGCUGUUGAAGCCUCGGGUCUUCAUGGAUCAGUUUGUUGGGUCCGGGGGUACGGGGGUCUCCUCAGGUGUUUGACAGGGUCCAUGUUUUGGGUUUGGGGUCCUGAUGGACGGUGGACCCGGUCUGAGUUUCAGGUUUUCAUUCAGAUUAUAUCUUGAGUUGAUUUUUUGUUUCCACAGAAUCAUCAUCAUCAUCUUCAUCAUCCAAAGGGGGCGGAGCUAAGACAGAUGGAGGUGCGGCUCUGCAGCUGCUGGACGUCUCUGUGGACAGUUGUCCUCCUGCUGAAAGGCGUCUCGUCAGACCCGUCCUCGCAGACCCGGUUCACUCCGAUCCGGACCAGUGCCAGCUUUAAUGAGGCCAUGAGGACCUGCAGUCCAGGAGUUCUGCCCUCCACAGCCACAGAGCAGGAAGUCCAGCAGAUCCUGGAGGUCCUCAGGAGGUCGAAGCCAGACCAGUACGAGCUGACGGUCUGGAUCGGACUCAGGAAACCGGCUAAGGACUGCACGGAUCCAUCUCUCCCGCUCAGAGGGUUCAGGUGGGAAGAUAGUGGGUCACACGAGUCCAAGGUCCACACCUGGAUGGAGGAGCCCAAACUCACCUGUACGGAGGCCAGGUGUGCUGCUCUGAAGAUCCAGUCUGUCCGGUCCGCUCCGAGGCUGGGUCUGGUUCCGGUCUCCUGUAGAACCCACUUCCAGUACUUCUGCAAGAUGGAGCAGGGAGUGGUCCUGGACGGUCCGGGGACCACAACCAGACCUGCAGCUACGAGUCCAAAACUGGACCAAACCAGACCUGCAGCAUUCAGACCCGACCCAACAGAACCAGGACAAGAUGCUGAACCCAGUCAUGGAUAUGGAGCCAGUCCUGGUUCUGAACUCAGUCCUGAACCCAGUCCUGAUUCUAAACCCAGUCCUAGUUCUGAACCAAGACCUGGUUCUGAACUCAGUCCUGGUUUAGAACUCAGUCCCGGUUCUGAUCCCAGUCCUGAUUCUGAACCCAGUCCUGAACCCAGUCCUGGUUCUGAACUCAGACCUGGUUCUGGAGCCUGUCAGUACAGCAGCGUCAGCAGCAUCCGGGCCUUCAGUCUGGACCCCAGGAACAGCAGCAGGAUGCAGGUGGAGUGCUGGUCCGACACCAAACUGGACCUGUUCUGUUCAGGUGAGGUUUGGCUGACAGAGGGCGGCGCCCCGGUUGACCUGAGCAGGAUCUGUCAGAAGUGUCCCGCAGGGUUUCAGAAGGACCCKUCGGGUCGCUGCGUGGACGUGGACGAGUGCAGCUCAGGUGAGCCCUGCAGACACACCUGUGUGAACACGGCAGGCUCCUUCAGCUGCGUCUGCGCAGACCCCUCRGACCAGGACCCCUCCUGCAGCGCCCCCGUCCUGCAGGAAGAGAGACAAGACCAGGGCUCCUUGUUGGCCAUCCUGGUCCCAGUUCUGGCCGCGCUGGCGGGUCUGCUGGUUCUGGUGGUGGUGCUCGCCGUGACGAUCAGGUGCUGCAUGAAGAAGAGGAGGAAAGAGAAAGAGACCGACAGGAAGGAAACACCGUGAGAAAAUUUAAAGGUUCAGCUGAGGAAACACAAAGAUCCAAACUGAAACUGUUGGUUUCAGGUUCUACAGCUUUAUCAGAACCAAAUUACAGUUUUAUCAGAACCAAACUACAGUUUUAUCAGAACCAAACUACAGUUUUAUCAGAACCAAACUACAUUUUAUCAGAACCAAACUUUACAGUUUUAUCAGAACCAAACUACAGUUUUAUCAGAACCAAACUACAGUUUUAUCAGAACCAAACUACAGUUUUAUCAGAACCAAACUACAGUUUAAUCAGAACCAAACUACAGUUUUAUCAGAACCAAACUGAAAGAGCUUUUUAUCACAACGGUUCAACCAGAGAAAUGUGGAGAAUUUGUUUAUCUCUUUCUGCCUUUGUUUUUAUUUAUUGUUGAAUUAAAGUAUUAGAUAAAGAGAGGCACAAUCGGUUCGUUAAA